UUGCCCUUUGCCCCAGGUGAUGGUGACCAACGUGACCUCCCUGCUGAAGACAGUGAAGACAGUUGAAGAUGAGGCGGCGAGGGGCACCCGGGCACUGGAGGCUACCAUCGAGGCCAUCAAGCAGGAGAUGAGGAUCCUGAGCUCCAUGGACCCCCCUGAGAAGCGUCUCCCCCCUGAGGACCUGAUCCGCAGCACCAAGCCCGUCACCCUGCUCACCGCCAAGGCCGUUGCCGCGGGAACCAGCUGUCGCCAGGACGACAUCAUUGCGGUCGCCAACAUGUCACGGAAGUCGGUGGGAGAUCUCAUCGUCACGUGCAAGGCCUCAGCAUUUGGAGCAGAGUCACGUGAGACAACAGAGAGAGCGAUGGAGGUGGGCAGGAACACGGUCGCCAUGUAUGUGGAACUACUGGUACAUGUACUGUCGAUCCUGCAGAAGCCGACCCACGAGGGGAAACAGAAGCUGGCCCAUUUCUCCAAACGGGUGGCGACGGCCGUGGCAGAACUGGUGCAGACAGCAGAGGCCAUCAAAG